UUCCCAUGUCCCUCUCGUCUCCGGAGACAAGGGUGUGUUUGUGUUGAAAGGGAAAUGAUAGGACUCACAUGCUUUCUGUCGGCUUCUUCAGAGGGAAACACGUCAGACGAGCAGACCGACGGGAUCGGAGGACGUCAGGACCGGACGGCUCUGAGGCGGACUGGACUGGACCGGACCGGAUCAGAACCGGAUACCUGAACAUGGAGAACGGCCAAACGGAAGCUGUGGACAACAUGGAGGACGUGUCCGAAGGUCCAGCUGGACUCAACAGAAACCUUCUGAAGAACUUUGAAGGAGAAGCUGCUGAUAAAGAGGAAGAAGCGGCGGAGAUGAACCGUGAGGUCGUUCAGCUGCAGGGCCUGGUGGCGGAGCUGCGCGAGGGGCUCCACGGCGCCCUCACGGAGCUGUGCGAGCUGCGCCACAGGGACCGAGGCCUGGAGGCGGAGCUCCGAGCCCACCAGAGCGACGUGGACGACAAGAUCAUGAGCCUCAAGAACUCACUGAACACGUUCCAGGAGGAGCUUAAUGCGGCGCUGCUGCACAUACAUGACGUCUCCAGCCGGCAGAGGGAGGUGCAGCGGAGGAUCGAGCUGCUGUCGUCAGAGAGCACCAAAGACUUCAUCUUUGUUCCACACAGAAGGAACUCCAGGGCAGAUGUUCUGGAGGAACACAUCUCGGACCUCAGUACCAUCCAGCACUUCUUCUCCGGCCCGCCGCUCGGCAGCUCACCGCAGAGGAGCGCCACGUCCACCCACACCUCCGUCUCGGAGCAGGAGGCCCAGCAGCGGAGAGGCUGCCCGUCCACGCCUCCGGCCUGGGGCGAGAGGAGGCGGAGCCGAGACGACGCGGAGACGCUCGGCAUCCCGACGGAAAACAGCAAGAGACAGCGAGUGGCUCUGGAGCUGCUGGAGUCGGAGAGGGUUUACGUGUCUCACCUGUCUCUGCUGCUGAAGGCCAACAUCUCCUUCAACGGCUCCGACGGCCUCGGCGGCAUAGGCAAGCGGCCGUUUCCCAGCACCCUGAGGUUCCUGAUCCAGCAGCACCUUGAGCUGCUUCACACUCUGCAGGAACGCGUGCUCAAGAGCCAGUGGCAAGGCAUCAUGGGAGAUGUGUUCAUGAGGCUCACCAGCAAAGAGAGCGACUUCUUGGACUUUUACGUCUCCUACCUGAAGGAGCUCCCGGACUGUCUGUCGGUCGUCUCCGUGCUCGCCUCCGGCUCCAUGAAGUCUUCUGCCUUCCUGGAGAGUGAAAUAAUGGGCGACGAAUCCAGACCCUCCCUCCACACCCUACUCCUUCAGCCGGUUCAGAGGAUCCCCGAGUACCUGCUGCUGCUGCAGGGGCUGCUGAGGCAGACCAAUGCAGAGCACCCGGACUACUACCUGCUGCUGGUCGGCAUCCAACAUCUCCGCUCCUUCACGGCUCAGUACCACCACCUCCUGCAGCACAACCAGGAGCUCCUGCUGCUCAACCGCAAGGAGGUGACGAGGUCCACCGUGACUCAGCUGUUGAAGACGGUGGAAAGUGGGAUUCAAGCCAACAACAUUGGCUCCCCGUACCCACGCAACGGCGCCAUUUUAGAACAGGCCAACCAGGUGAAGCGGAGCCUUCUGGAGCAGAUCCAGUCCCAUCGUUUCCAGGAGUGGGACCGGGAUCCCGAGACUCACCGUUACGACUCGGAGUGGCCCCCCCAGCUCCCUUUCUUCAGCCCGGACCUGGACUCGCGGAACCACAAACCAACAGGUCUCGGCAGUAUCCCAGAGAGCGAGGCGUCUGAGACGGCCAUGUCGUUCCAGCGUCACCUGCCCUUCAGACCCGCAGACUUCCGCCAUGUUCAACCGGGCUCUGCUCUGGCCGACGCCCUCGGAGAGUUCCUCCUCCCUCCAGACCCUCCGCGGAUGGAGAGCCUCUACGAGGAGGACCGAGGCUCCCUUCACGACGUGCCCAUGUUCGACCGCUGCUCCUCCGCCUCUUCGGAUUCCUCCAUCGACAUCGCAAAGUGCCCCAAAGCGCCCGCGGCGUCGCACUACGCGACGGCGGCCAACGUGUCGACGAUCCGCGACGCCUUUGGCAACGGCGGAAGCCACGGCAACGGUUCCAAACUGCCCAACAGAGGAUGCGUGUCUCCGGAUGAAGCCGUAAUGAUGCGCCGCAAUCAGCAUCGCCCCCUACAGGCCAGCCAGCGCAAGAGCAAGUCGCUGAACGGCCUGCAGAUGGACAACACCGUGGGGGGUCUGGAUGGGGGUCCGCUGUCAGACCACCUCCAGAGGGUGGGACUGGGCAGCCAUGCCAAGCUGGAGCGCCAAGGCAGCAAAGGGUGUCCCACCCCGUCCCGUAGGGUCCACAGCCCCCCGGGGAACCGAGCGGACAUCGACAAACAGGGCGAUGACCUGCAUGGGCCGCUCAGCAUUGACUCUGGGUUUCAAUCGUGGGGGGAGGAGUCAAAGUGGAAGGGCGGGGCCGAGGAGAAUAACCACGCCCACUUCAGCGAGAGGAGUCGGAAGCAAGACAAAGGAGGCUUCAGGAGCUCCUUCAAGAAGCUCUUCAAGAAAAAGACCAGUGACGAGAAGAAAGAGAAGGGAGGUGAGAAGACACCAGAGAACGGUGAACAUGAGAAACACCCCAAACCGGCCCAUCUGGAGAUCAACCGUGGAACAGCGGUAUGAACUGAUCAGUGUAAACUUGUUUAUGACACCUUUAUUACACAAGGUUGUCGCCACUAUAUAAGUUAUUAGUUAUGCUGCACAGAUAAACACCAUUUUGGCUUAGCGACGUUUCCGCUCAUCAUUUUCCAAACGCGAAGGACAACAUGAGAUAAACACGUGUCGCUCUCUUUUUGCGUUUUAUUCUUAUUUUCUUUCGAUCUCACGAAUAUGAAGAGUUCAACAACACCUGCACACAUCGACACAGGUGAAGGUGACAUGUGAGUAUGAAGUAGACAAUCUCGUGGAAAGGUACAGCAGUGUGUGUGUGUACUGGUAGUUCCGUUAGCCGCUAACUUUGAGCUAAAACAAUAUAAAUGUGAUUAUUUUAAAUGUGUCCACUAGGGGGCAGUUUAACCCCAUCUAUCCUGCUCUGUAAAUAGCGCUGCUCUACCUCCACUUUCUACUUUCUUUACUUUGUAUUUUUUUUAAGGUUUUAUUUGCUCCCAAACUUUCAAAUCUGCACAAACCAAAAUAUAUAAACUUUUUUUUAAAAUUGGUUAACGUGUGUUUCACUGAUAAAUGCCUUCACCCAUAACCAGGAAGUAUUAUAUUGUGCGUAAACUCAGGACUAUAAACAUUCAGCUCUGAUUAGCUGUGUGAGUUUAUGUGUGUUUGAGCAUUAAAUGUUUUUUUUUGUCUCUUUAUGCAUCGGAAAGAGAGAAAUGUGACAAUCGAGAAGGUUAAAUAAAGGUUAUGAAUAAAGGUCAAUAACUGAACAUGU